AUGACCGGUAAUUCCGGGCGCCGAGGACGUCCUCCAAAGGAUGACACAGCCGUCAAUUACAGAAGCACUUACAAUGACUUGUCUUCAAAUAGAAGUAAAGAAGACAACCGAAGUGGUCGAAAAGGGCAGCCAUCCCAUUGCGUUGACCAUCUACCGCAGGCCCCGGGUAAUCAAAGUUCAGAUUACUUGUUCGGUUUGUCACCAGAGACAUUCGGGCUAUCUUCCUUGUUAUUUGAAGAGAAAUUAUCGGUCCCAGCCGAUUUGUCAUCGCUCCGUUUGCCUAGUCUGAGUGAUAUGACCACAGAUGAUCCAGAUACAGCCGCUCCUGACGGCCACCUAGACAGACCCUUAUCCUUCCCCAAUACUCCAUCCGAUUUUUUCCCGACCACAUUGCUCAUAGAAAUUCUGGGGGGUAUUGCACAACAAUUCGCUGGCUUGGUGAUGUAUCCGUGGGAUCCAACCCAGAUGCGGAUCUUACGACUCCAGAAUUUCAUCGACCCAACCGCCGCACCUAUAUCGCCCGGGCCAUUGAGAAAUACAUUAUUUCUGAUGUCAAGGUUUACAAUGGCUUUGCAAGCAAUAGCCCCCAAAGAUGGUUCGCUCGAAAGGGCCAUGUCGACAAAGGAGCCUCUGCCCAUAUCAACUAUUUUGCUACUCCUAUCUACUUAUCUUGAACUGAUCCGGCUUCUCGAUACCAUUCUCAAGGUCAUCAGGGAUUAUCUACGGCAGAGUAUAUCUAUUGAUAAUAGCAUGUCUUCGCUGUAUUUUUCAGCGUCACAACAGGAGACCUCCACUUCAUGGCACUCCCCUAUCGCUAUAAUGAUCCCGGCCUUUGAAACUCAAUUGGGUUUAAUUGAGAGACUAAUUGGGUUUCCCUCUACGUACAGAAUUUGGAGUUUUGAGGACUCUUAUCCGGGACUUAUAGGUGGAAUUGAGCCUUCCGCACUGUUGGAUGCAGUUAUGGGCCAGUCAAAUUGUAUUGCGAAUGGACUAGGCAUGAGCCAAGUGUCAUCAUUGAAGCAAAACAUAGAACAUAUUCAUUUGUUGCUGUUGCCAUAUUGA